AUGCAACAACGACAGCAGGAGAUCAAUGCGAAGAAGGCGAAGCUCGCAGAGCUGAAGGCCAGGAGGGAAAACAGGGCCAAUCAAGCCGCUGCUGGUAGGACUGGCUCCGGCAGCCACCCCGAACUGGUUCACCCGACGCCCGGGCGAGGCGACAAAACGGAUAUCGAAAACCUGAUCAAUAAGCUUGUGGGAGAAAGCAGACCGGGCUCUACCUUUGGGAGCGCAUCACCAGCACAGCGAGGAAGCCGACCGAAUAGUGUCUUGAGUGCAGGGGAAUUAAGCACAAAAUUCUCGGAUUUUGCAUCCCAAGCGAAUGGACAACAGCCUGCUCAAGCAUCUCCGCCUUCGCAACCACAGGUCUUGACGACGGUACCACUCCAAACGGUAUACGAAUGCCCGCCGUCGCCCGUAAAGGAGAUAUUUUCUUACAGCAAGGGAGUGCAAACGACUGAUGAGUGGACGGGCCCAAGUACCAGACCUCGUGCGAUUUCAGAACUCCCAGACGAAGAUGACCUUUCCGGCGUAACAUCAACACCGAACAAGCGGUUGAGCAGGAGAGCACGGGAGCGAGAGGAAGAUCUACGGCUGAAAUUACGGAAAGAAAUCGAAGAAGAGCUGAAAGCAACGAAGGAGCUGGUUAUUGAUGGCGUGCUUCCAGAGAGUUCGGUUGCCAACGCCAACUUCCCAGCGCGGACCCUGACGGCCGAGGAGCUUAAGGCCGUGACGGCCUCGGAUGAGUUCCUCGACUUCGUUGAGCGGUCGACCAAAGUCAUUGAGCGCGCCCUGGACCAGUCGUAUGAUGUCUUGACCGACUAUUCACUGCAAAUUAACGAUGUUGACGAUGUUGAGGACCAAGCUGGAAACACAGCAGGCAAGGGCCGGCGGCGAGUCAAGGAGGUCGUCCAGUUCUACGACGAACGUUGGUCCAAGAAGCGCAUGGUCAGCAGCAUCGACUUUUCACCCAAAUUCCCAGAGCUAUUGCUUGCAUCAUAUACCAAGAAUCCAUCUGCGCCUCACGAUCCCGAUGGCAUCGUUCAGGUCUGGAAUUCGCAUCUGCAGGAUCGGCCUGAGUUCAUUUUCCACGCCCAAUCUGACAUCUUGACGGCAAAGUUCUCCCCUUUCCACCCAAAUCUCAUAAUUGGUGGUACAUACUCUGGCCAGGUACUGCUAUGGGACACACGGGCAAGAUCUGCUCCGGUCCAGAAGACGCCGCUCACAGGCUCGGGCCACUCUCACCCCGUUUACUCCGUCGACAUUGUCGGAACACAAAAUGCAAAUAACAUUAUCUCGGUCUCGACAGACGGCGCUCUAUGUGUCUGGUCCGUUGACAUGCUGUCUCAACCCCAAGAAUCUCUGACUCUUACCAGCCCACCCCCAAGCAAAUUUGAGGAUGUUGCACCUACAACCAUGGCGUUUCCUCAGGCAGACCCGACAUAUUUCCUUAUUGGCACUGAGGAGGGACCCAUUUACCCAUGCCAUCGCUACGACCGCGCCGGCGCCAAAGCAGGUAUCGACUCCCGUGUUAGUUACAAGGGUCACGCCGCACCGGUAAUGUCAGUCGCCUACCACCCGCCGCGGGGCCCAGUGGAUCUGGGCGACCUCGUGUUGUCCGCUUCCCUCGACUGGUCUGUCAAACUGUGGAAAGUGCGCGCGCCCGCCGCGACAUCCACUAUCGUCGACGCUACCGGCACCUCCGUAGCGCCGUUGCUAGACCUCGCCCGUGAAGAUGUGGUCUACGACGCGGCAUGGUCUCCCGUGCGACCCGGAGUCUUCGCCCUCGUCGACGGUGCCGGCUCUAUGGAGAUUUGGGACCUGAGCGUCGAAACGGAGAUCCCCGUUGCGAAGAUAAGCCCCACGGCGCGGAAGGAAGGUCGACAGCUGCUGAGCAAGAGUCUCAACAAGGUGGCAUGGGAACCCAGCGAGGGUAAGCGGGUCGCGGUGGGCGGCAUCGAUUCCGUUGUUACCGUGUUCGAGGUUGGGCCGGACUUGGGUGGCAAGGACGGUGUCAAGGCGGAGGAGUACACUAGUAUCAAGAAAUUGGUUGCACGGCUUGAAGCUUCUAAUGCGGGUGGUGUUGUGUGA